AUGCCGCCCAGAAGAGAUGGGAGGCCGAGCCGCCGCCUUACUGCCGCCGUAAUGGAGCGUGUCUUUAGUGAGGCGCUCGGCUUCGGUGGCGGCAAACCACGUCGAGAUGUGCAGCAACAAGAAGAGGAAGAGGAAGAGACGAAGAAACUGUUCCGACCGCGGGCCAGCGCCUGCGGCAGGAACAGACCAGCAGCACCAGGGGGGCCACCGCCCCCCGAAAGACCCCGCCAUGAUGACGCUGUGCCGCACAACAAGCUUCGUGCGGCCACAGAAGACGCGAUAGCGGACCUCAAAGACCUCAGGACCGCCCUACGAGACGAGUUGGCAGCGGCUCAUCGGGAAAUCCAGCGGCUGCGGGCUGAAGUGGCUUCAGCCACCAAAGCCUUGCGGCUCACCUCACCUGCCCCAUCCCCAUCGGGGCGGGAGCCCAUAGAAAAAAAAAUGGACGCAAUGGAAUCUGACCCAGAACCAGCACCGCCGCCUCCCAAGAAGAAGUUGGCGGUGCGGAUCUCCAAGGAUUUGGAAGGGCUGCUUGCAUUGGCCGCCUCCGAAAAGGUUGAGGCUGCCACCAAGGAAAACGCAGCCCUGGUCUCCGACGAAGAAAAGAAGAAGGCUGUUUCACAACAGACGUCCAAACCUUACCACGAGACGCCGGGAACGAUCUCGCCGCCCUCCUCAAGGGGGGGACCUCUCACUGAGAUGCGCAGCCGCGAGAAGGACGUACCUGCGCUUGCUAGCGACGCGAAGGGUGUGGCAGAUCGCCGUCCGGCCGCGCUUGCGCCGUCGGCGGCCCCAUCUGGCCCCCCACUUACGACGACCAAUGCUAUGGCUAUGGAUUUGAUGGACACAGCUCCGGAAACCUUGAAGGCAGCGCUGUCUGCUCCGCUCCCCGAUUCUGAAGAUGAGAGCUCCACCGCCCCUCAGCCACGCGGACGAAGCGGGAAACAGAAGAGGAGGGCAACGGCCGCGACGUCCGCUGUUCGCAGCUCGCCGAUCGAGAAGAGGGCCAAGCAAGAUUUCGCCCCUGACGCCGAUGGUUUUGUCCCGGCCCGGCGAACUGCAAGACGCGUGCAGUCUUCGACGACGCUUCCAACUGCCGUCGCCAACUCAUUCGACGCGCUCGCUGACGCGCCAGACCAGCUGCCUCGCGAUCCUGCUCCGAAGAAAGACUGCCUGGCGUCUCUUUCGCGGCGGCAACGUCAGGGACGCCCUCCGCCGUCCCGGCUGCGUCGGCUGCUCCUGCUCCUGCCGCAUCCGAGGCCGUGCCGACACCUGAGGCUCCUGCGCCUCCACCACAGCUGCUAG